AUGUUGAUGGAAUGGCUUCGAGGGAAGUCUGAGGAAGUGUCCGCCGCGCCGGAAAAAGCAGUAAGGAGGAAGUUACUAGACGUGGACCCUGAGACCCCACUCGAGCCCUCACCUGCAGAGGCUGCCUCGCAACGCGAGGAGAAAUUUCGAAGGAAGUUGGCCGCUAGCGCCAAGGAAGGCCCAACAUCUCCGGCCAAAUUGGUCAGCUAUGAAUCUAUGUUUCGUGGUGCGCAGCGACUCUUGAUGGAGGGCAAUUUUGGAGAAAUAAACGAAGGACUUACGCUGAAUGUGGCUCGUAACGCACAAAACGUGAUGAUUUCCUCUAAGUGUGUCCUUCUUUCCCCUCAAAUGUCACACUGGGAAGUGUCUUUUCAAAUGAAUGGUUUUUCCGAUAUUGUAGCGGCUUCAUACAACACAUUGAGUCGCUGGAGUCUAAUGUACCAGCGUGUGAGCAGUACAGGGGCAUUACUCCUUGCCCAAUGUAUGGCUCAGCGGCAACAAGGUAUGACUCAGGGUACAGUGGUUGGUAUGCUUCAGUACCCGUGGGUGCAGGGCGGCUGCACAGCGGUGCAGUACGUUAAGAAUCAAUCUUUUACACUGAGUCACGCUCAACGGAUUAUACGGGGGUUGCAUGUGGGAUCCAGUUUAUCGUGGGAUCCCAUGACAAAAGGGACGUCUCUUUCUCACGGGUUCACUGCCGUAAACUCAUUGAAGAAGGGAUCUUUGUCUGGGGACUGGACUCCAAGUAAAGGCGAAUGGAAGCUGGCAAUCACAAAAAAAGACUGGGCUCACGACGCCGAGUUUGCGAUGCAGCUUGACCACACCCAGAAGGAUCAAGAUAUGACGAGCCAGCUGAGCUUUGGCUUGAAGAAGCAGUUUAUCGGUGGGAGUUCGAUGAGUGCUGUGCUUAGCGGGUUUUCCGUAGUAAAAGCAGCCGUGGGGUUGCCCUUUGGUGGUGAGCGCAUUGGGUUGAAUCAAAUGCACUGCCGGUACAAUGUCCAUUACAACAUCCGCUCCGGUGCGUUAAAGCAUGGACUUGUCUUCACCGCGUAG